GACUUCUCAGCUUGUUCCUGCUUGGACCGACGAAGAAUAAUAAAAUUAAAAAACUAUUGUGGACGAUGGAUAAAUUAUCAAGGCUUUUUAACAAUUUAACAGCUGCUAAAUUUAAUAUUUGAUUAUAUUUAUGUAAGAUAACCUCGCCGUGGCUUUAUAUUCUCUUCGGCUCCUGAGCUACUUAGCUAACUGUGCGCUGUCAUCGCUGAUGAUGCUAACUUCAACACUCGUCCCAAUAACAUCCGCCCUUUCGACACCGCCUAAAAAUCAGAUGACCGCCGCGGUUUUGUGUCCGGAAACCACGACGGCACAUCUUUAGCAAUGUUCGCCAAGCCAAUUCGGUCUCGUAGCGCAUCGAGGAGCCCCUCUCAAGAAGGUAACAAUAUCAAAGUGCGGUCUCGCUAACCUGAGCUAGCCAGUGUGUCAACUCGUAUAGCUGAGUGGAGAGUGUUGUUCAAGUUCUAACCAAGAAGAAAAUACACUCACCACUCUCAAACUCACGUCUUCUCUUGAGAAUGGCUAAUGUCACGGAUCUUCAGACCAAAUACAGCAGGUUGGCACAGGAGUACUCCAAGCUCCGUGCCCAGAACCAGGUGCUGAAGAAAGCGGUUGUUGAUGAGCAGGCCAACUCAGCUUCCUUCAAAGAGCAGCUGAAGCAGAGGGAUCAGAGCCUGAGGAAGCAGGAGCAGGAGAUGGACAGCCUCAGCUUCCGGAACCAGCAGCUGGCUAAGCGGGUGGAGCUGCUUCAAGAGGAGCUGGCUGCCAGUGAAGCCAAGGGCAAAAAGGGAAAGAAUAAAGGAGAUUCCCCCUCACACCAUGGCGUUCGAACACAAAGUGUUUUUGAUGAAGACCUGCAGAAAAAGAUUGAAGAAAACGAGAGGCUUCACAUUCAAUUUUACGAGGCAGAUGAGCAGCACAGGAGGCAGGAGGCGGAGAUGAGGGCGCGUCUGGAGGAGCUAGAAAGAGACUCGCAGCAGCACCAAGCUGUUGUGGACAGACUCACCGCCAAGUCCACGGAAACCAUCGAGAGGCUGCAGAGUGACAAGGCAAGACUGGAGGUUAAAACACAGACACUGGAGAUGGAAAGGAAAGAGUGCCGAUUGAAAACAGAAGACUGUCAGCAACAGUUAAGGCGAUGCCAGUCAGAACUCAACAGACAAUUGAAACAAAGCAGCAGCGUCAUCCAAGAGAAAGUGCCCUUUAACGACACCAAAUUUAGUGACUACAACAGUCUAAAUGUGCCGCCACACAAUCGAAGACAUCAGCUUAAAGCCCGGGAUGUGGCGGGCCAGGCCUUAAGUUUCAUUCAGGACCUGGUGGCUGGCCUGCUAAACUUGCAUUCAUACACUGAGCAGAGAGUCCACAUUUAUCCACUGGACUCCUCCAUUGAGCCUAUCUCUCCACUGAACCAGAAGUUCUCUCAAUAUCUGCAUGAGAAUGCAGUGUAUGUGCGCCCCCUGGAGGACAGUUUUAUGCAGUUGCACCAAAGCAUCACCGAAGACACAGUCACAAUGCUUGAGACUGUGGACAAGCUGAAGAACUUCACCGAUCAUUUCUCCUUGUACACGCGUUUUCUCCAAAAGCUGCUUCCUUAUCAACUGAAAAGUUUAGAGGAGGAGUGCCAGACUCCUCUUUGCUCUGCUGCCCUAAUAGUGAAGAAUCAAGAGCUUCAGAAUGAUAUUAGGAGAGUCACCUCAGUCUUUGGGAAACUGCUGAGUUACAUCAACCUCUUGGCACUACCCAGUGUUCGUCUGGAUGCCAUGCCACAAAGCAGCACCUCGACUGUCUUUACACAACUGGCUGCCUGCUUGCACAGUCUGCAUGAUGCUGUUAAAGAGAUGUCAAAGCACUACAACCAGAAGGCCAGCUUAGAGCAGGAGCUCCCCACUGUAACACAGAAACUCUUCACCACCACAGAAUGUUUGCUGGGCUCUCUGGGAUCACUGACCAGCAGCACUGGCAAGCUCGCCACGUUUUUCAGCAACAACUUGGACUUCUUCACGUCGUCAGGCUACAGUCCCAAAGGAAGCACAGCAGUACUCAAUCCUUUGCAAGCUGAGAGCAUGCUUUCUAAUAAAAAGAAAGCAGCAGCUUACAUUCACGCUCUCAAGAAGCCCAGGCCACCGUCUGUUCCAUACACAGAAGCCCUGUCCAACCGCCGCAUACUCACCAGCUCUACUGAGAGUAGAGAAGGUCUCACUCAGCAGGUGCUUCAGAGUCUGGAGAAGAUUACUCGUCUGGAGCAGGAAAAAGAACACUGGCUCCUGGAAGCUCAACUUGGGAAAGUGCGCCUGGAAAAGGAGAACCAGCGAAUUGCGGACUUGGAAACGCAGCUCGCGGCAGCUCUGGAGGGAAGUCCGAACCUGCAGAAGAGUGCGGUCAGCACAGUCACACAGAACCAUGAAGAAGAGGAGACGGCUCUGAAGGCUGCUGGGAAGGAGACCAUGUGCACCAGCCUGGUCGGCAUGUUAUGUACUGUACCUUCGGCUGAGCAUGUGGCAGACGAAGAGUCCAGGGAGCAGCUGAUAAAGACUCACUACAUGACACGAGUGGGAGAGCUCACCACUCAGCUCCAGGUGUCAGACAGCAAGGCAGUGCACUUCCACUCUGAGUGUCGGGCUUUGGCCAAGAGAUUAGCCAUUGCAGAAAGAUCGCGGGAGACUUUAUUGGAGGACAUUAAGCGGGCCAAUCAGAAGAUCACACACCUGCAGGAUGAACUGAGCACGACCAAGAGGAGCUACGAAAACCAGCUGAGCACGAUGAGCGACCACCUGUGUAGCAUGAACGAGACGCUGAGCAAACAGAGGGAGGAGAUCGACACACUCAAACUGGGCGGCAAGGGAAAUGCCAAGAAGAACAAAGGUCGCUAGAAGUGUCCCCCCUCCUGUCACCAAACCGGACCAUUAGCAAGAGCCUCACGAUUCAAAAUGGUGGCAAUACAAAGUUGCAAACGGACUAAAAAAGGCUUUUCCCCUUCCUCAUGACACAGCAUCACGUAACUUGAACUUUUUGGCCAGAGCAGAAUAGAAAAUAACCCGCAGGAAGUCGAUAAGGCGGAACUCAUCAGACAGCCUUGGGUUUUUUUUCCUGGAAAAAAAUGACACCAAGUUCUCUCUGCUUAUCUGUGGGAGAGGACGCACAAUGUCCACGCAGCUGUUUCACCACGCACACAUUCGCCUCUCUCACACACAGACUCCACUUAAUUGGCGGCUCAGAAAUGUGAAUCCUCAGCAUUUCCCAGACUGAAAACAUUGCUGUGAAUGUCUGCGCACUCACACACAGUUGCGUUCACCACAACACAGCCCGUUUCCUUUCACACAGCUGCCGUCCCGCCUCUGUUACAGCUCUGAUACUACCUCCAAAGACGGAACAUUUGCAGGUCCACUUUGAUUGCCCCUCAUUCACACAAAACAGCGACACAGAGGAAAAAAAGGCGGCACAUCCCCCCCGGCAUCAAAAGGUAUAUGUGUGAAAGGAGCUUUUGCUUCUUCAACCAUUAUUUUGCAUUUCACUUCCAACACCUAAAUGGUCUUCAGAAGGGCUUCCAACAAUCAACUACCAAUGGAAAGACUUGAAUCCAUCCCUCAUUCUGAAGACAUUUAAAUGAAAGUACCAACUUAUUUUCUGUAUGGCGUUUACAUGGAAGAAUGUGUCUACAACGGACAAGUUGCCGCUUGUAAUGUGAGUGAGUGUGAGCUUACUUUGCAGCAGUAGUUCCUUUUCUAGCACCAAAAUAAGUGUAAAUCCACAUCAUGGUUUUGAAUAAAAGCAUACAUUUAUUCAUAUCACUAUUUUAAUCUAUAUGAGUAUACAUUCUUGUGCAUAUAAAUGUUUCUCACAAAA